UACAUUCUUUUGUUGGGCCCGCCUUCCACAGAAAUCGUUUUUAUGGUAAUCUAAUUGAAUGAACGAAAAUCCCGCGAUAUUUCGCGAAAUAUUUCAAAAAAAGUUGGACGCGGUCAUGUUCUUCUGUCAUAGCCGUUGCCCGUCUAUGGAGAGAGAGAAAAACACUGGUAUUUGAAUUUAGAAAGCUGGCUUUGCAUUCUAAGCCAUCUUCAAUUUUCAGGCACAAAUUCACCAUUAAUUUUUCUUCCCAGAAUGCUCUUCUUCUUCAACAACAAAAGAAACCCAAUUCCUUCUUCUCCUAUCAAACCAGACCCACAAGCCAUGGCACCCUGAAUAUCUCCCGACUCUCCAUAGUUUCGCAAAUGGGUGGUCUCGAUCUCCGUCGUGGUUUCUCGGAAAUCAGUACUCUGAAUCAUGGAAAAGCAAUCCAUGGUGUUUCAAUGAGAAAGUCUUUCAAACUCAGCCUGUUUCAAAAUAACACCUUGAUCUCCAUGUAUGCGAAAUUUGGGAAAUUUGAAGAAGCCUACCAUGUGCUCAGAGCAAUGCCUGUGAGAAAUGAGGCAUCAUGGAACACCAUCAUCUCAGGCUAUGUGCAAUUGGGUCGUUACCAUGAAGCCAUGGAUUUGUUCUCUGAGAUGAAGAGAGAUGGUGUGAAGCUCAUUAAUGGGUUUGCUCUAGCAAGUGUCCUCACAGCUUGUGCAAGGUCUUCUCAAGGGAAACAUGGUGAAAUGGUUCAUGGUUGCAUAGUAAGAGGUGGAUUAUUGGCUGAUGUCUUUGUUUCCACUGCUCUUUUACACUUAUAUGGAAGCCAUGGCUCUAUCUUAUGUGCAAGAAAAGUAUUUGAAGAGAUGAUUGAGAGAAAUGUGGUUUCUUGGACUGCAAUGAUAGUGGGUUACAUGAACUUUGGUAGACCGGAGGAAGCAAUUGAGCUCUACUGUCAAAUGAGAAGAAAAGGAUGCGAAGCAAAUCAGAACACUUUCGCAUCUGUGAUCAGCUCUUGUUGGGCUUUAGGAAAUGAAUUUUUGGGGGCCCAGGUGAUUGGCCAUGUUGUGAAGACUGGAUACGAAGACAAUGUAUCAGUUGGAAAUGCACUGGUUACCAUGUUUGGGAAUUUUGGAUGCAUAGAAGAUGCUGAGAGGGUCUUUAAAUGGAUGCCCGAACUAGACACAAUCUCUUGGACUUCGAUGAUUUCUGUGUUCGUACAUGAUGGGUUGUUUGAUUUUAGUUUUGAAUGUUUUAAGGAAAUGCUAAAUGCUAAUAUGUGGCCCGAUUCUAACACUCUCUCUAGUUUAAUAACAGCUUGUUGCUCUGUGGAGAAUCUAAAAUGGGGGAAGGGAAUUCAUGGGUAUGCCAUGAAAAUUGGGCUCGACUCUGUUAUUCCGAUUUGCAACACACUUAUUCACAUGUAUACCUACUCUGGUUGCUCAGGCCAUUCAGAGCUUGUAUUUCAUUCAAUGCCCAAAAAAGAUAUCAUAACAUGGAAUUCCAUGAUAGGAUGCUAUGCACAUAAUAACCAAUGCCAAUAUGCAUUUGAUCUCUUAUCACAAAUGCUUUGGAAUGGUGAUGAAAUCAAUCAUGUGACUUUGACAAAUGCACUUUCAGCAUGUUUGAGUUCUGACUCCCUGGGAAAGGGAAAAAUGCUCCAUACUCAUGUAGUUCAUGGGGGGCUCCAAGAAAAUGUGCUGAUAAUGAAUACAUUGGUGACCAUGUAUGCCAAGUGUGAUGCAAUGGAAGAAGCAGUACGUGUUUUUGGUGUAAUUGCCAAACCAGAUGUUGUGACUUGGAAUGCCAUGGUUGGUGGGCAUGCUGAUAAUGAAGAGACAGAAGAGGCUUUCAAGGUCUUCAAUCUGAUGAGACAAGGAUGCUCUGAUAUGAACUACAUCACCAUGGUUAACAUACUUGCUUCUUGUUCAACUUCAGAGGACUUAAUGGUUCAUGGCAUGCCAUUACAUGCACGUGUAAUUGUAUAUGGAUUUGGGUCCGAUGAAUAUGUGAGGAAUUCCCUUCUCAUGAUGUACGCAAAGUGUGGUGAUCUCGAUUCAAGUGCUGAGAUCUUCAAUAACCUCUCUAACAAGAGCAAUGUCUCAUGGAAUGCCAUGAUAGCUGCAAAUGCCCAUCAUGGUCGUGGCGAAGAAUCUCUUAAAUUGUUCAUGCAAAUGCUACAGGCUGGAUAUGAGAUCGACCACUUCAGUCUCUCUGGUUGCCUCGCCGCCUGUGCUAGUUUAGCAGUCAUAGAAGAGGGUCAGCAGGUUCAUGCAUUGAUUGUUAAGCAGGGGUUCGAAGCUAAUGCACAUGUGUUAACUGCAAUAACUGAUAUGUAUGGAAAAGGGGGAAAAUUGGGUGAUGCAGAAAGGAUAUUCUCUGAAACUAGUUCUGAUAAAGGGCGAGCUUUAUGGAACACUUUGAUAUCCGGGUAUGCAAGGCAUGGGUACUUUGAGAAAGCUAGAGAAGCUUUCCAAAGAAUGCUUAAAGUGGGUUUGAAACCUGAUCAUGUAACCUUUGUUGCUCUUCUUUCUGCAUGCAACCAUGUGGGUUUAGUUGAUGAGGGUCUCUCUUACUUCUCUUUGAUGACUUCAAAUUUUGGGGUCCCACCUGGUAUAGAACAUUGUGUGUGUAUGGUUGAUCUGCUUGGUCGUUCAGGAAGACUUAUUGAGGCAGAGACGUUUAUCAUGGAGAUGCCAAUUUCCCCGAAUGGCCUUGUUUGGAGAAGCUUGCUUGCAGCAUGUAGAACCCAUGGGAAUUUAGAGAUGGGUAAGCGAGCAGCUAAGGAACUUCUUGUCUUAAAUCCACAAGAUGAUUCUGCUUAUGUUCUUCUUUCUAAUAUAUAUGCUGCAAAGGGAAAGUGGAAGGAUGUGGAGAAGGUGAGAGGGAGUAUGAACUCAAUUCAAGUAAGGAAGCAUCCUGGUUGUAGCUGGAUUAAGGUGAAGAACAAAGUGAGUUCAUUUGGCAUGGGGGACCGAACUCACCCACAAAUUGAAGAGAUUUAUGAUAAAUUGAUGGAGAUUAUAGAGAUGAUCAAAGAGGCUGGUUAUGUUGCUGAUACAAGCUUUGUUUUGCAUGAUACUGAUGAAGAACAGAAGGAGCAUAACCUUUGGAACCACAGUGAAAAGCUCGCACUAGCUUUUGGGUUGAUGAACACCCCUGAAGAAUCUAGUUUAAUGGUUAUGAAAAACCUUCGUGUUUGUGGAGAUUGUCAUACGGUAUACAAGUUUGUGAGUGGAAUCACUUGGAGGGAGAUCACAUUGAGGGAUCCUUACCGCUUUCACCAUUUCAAAGGUGGAAAAUGUUCUUGUCUGGACUAUUGGUAGUCCACACUUCUCCUCAUUCAUAUUUGUUAAUUCCUAGCCAACAUUAUUUGAAUCUUGCACACUAGGAAAUAUGAGGAAUGAAGGUCCUUUGUUUGAGGUGUCAAGGUACUUGUGCUGUUUAUGGGUCAAAUAUCUUACCCAUAUGUUAUUCUCAGGCUUUUAAGUUCCAUUUCAAACUACCAAGGAUGCCUCACAUUCAUUCAUCUCUACUGGCUUUCAGUAAAAGCGCCACAUGGGCUUGGUUUUAUAUGUUACUUGGAGAAUGCGGAUAGUAGACACAGAGUAUAUAAAUGACUUUUCUGGGAGAAGAAGAAGGUAAGAAAGAAACCAGCUGGUUAGGGGCUCCUUAUGAACCAUGGGUUCCCAAACUGUGAAGUGAUUAAUCAUAGAGGAUUAAAUUAUGACUAAUUCAACAUUCAAAGGGAUAUUCUUAUUUAACCAAUUCGUUGAUUUAGAAAAGUAUACAAUAAUACCAGGCACAGAUUAUAUGGGUACUGAGAGGAAAUUGUUAAAGAAAAAGAGGGUCUGUAAUAAUAGAGUACUGCCAUAUCAACCCCCACUAUUAAAGGUG